CAGCCGACGCAGCCUCUCACUACCUCCAUCCUCUCCAGCACUCUUUUGCCUCUGGGACAUGUCUGCUGCGCUGAUUGCACACAUUCUAGUCCUCACUCCUCUACUGUACCUCGAAGAAUGGAGGUCGACAUUGCUCCGCAGUUCGGAGCUGAAUUGAAGGAUGACUUCAAGAACGUGAAUGCCUGGGUCUCCGGUGGUAUAGCUUGGCUGGACGACAUACAGCAAUUCUACCGUGAAAGAAGCGCAAUAGAAAAGGAAUACUCUGCGAAGCUCAGUGCCCUGGCUAAGAAGUACUAUGAGAAGAAGGCGAGAAAAUCGAGUAGCAUCAGCGUCGGUGACACCCCGACCGUCACCCCCGGCUCGCUAGAAAGCGCGUCUAUGACCACGUGGGGUGUCCAGCUUAGUACCCUCGAAUCUAGAGCCUCCGAGCAUGAGCAAUUUGCCGCGGCCCUCGUUUCCAACCUUGCCGACCCUUUGAAGAAUCUCGCUGCGCGAUACGAGGAACUGCGGAAAUGCCAUGCCGAUUAUGCUGGCAAGCUUGAGAAAGAGCGGGAUGGCACAUAUGCCGACUUGCGCAAAAUGAAGGGCAAAUAUGACAGUGUUUGUCAGGAGGUAGAGAAUCGCCGGAAGAAGAUCGAUGGCGCUUUCGACCAUGGGAAGGGCAAAGCUCGAAACGCCUUCGAACAACAACAAGUAGAGAUGCGCAACGUCAAGAACACGUACAUCAUCGCCAUCAACGUGACGAAUAAGCAGAAGGAGAUGUAUUAUCAUGAAUACGUUCCCGAGCUUCUUGAUAGUCUACAGGACCUUUCCGAAACCAGAGUAACCAAGCUGAACUCAAUAUGGUCUUUGGCUGCGCAACUAGAGACGCAAACACUAUCGCGAAGCAACGAAUAUCUCAAGCAUCUCUCGGCAGAGAUACCUCGAAAUAACCCGCUGCUCGACUCCAUGAUGUUUGUUAGACAUAACGCUGGUCCCUGGCAAGAACCUGCCAACUUCCAAUUUGAGCCAAGUCCUGUUUGGCUAGACGAUGGGAGCAUUGCCACAGAUGAUUCAGCUGCUGUAUUUCUUCGCAACGUUCUCACCAAGACCAAAUCGUCCCUGGGGGACCAUCGACGGGAGCUCGACAAAAAACGAAAAGAAGUCGAGAAUGCGCGAAAGGUGCGGCAGAAUAUUCGCGAAGGGAAAGAUAAAAGGGAUGAAGUUGAAGUCGUGCGCGCUAUCUUUGCGCUUCAGGAGAGCAUGCAUGAGAUUGAGCGGCAGAAAGUUAGCGCAGAGACGGAGGUAUCCACCAUCACGUCAGUUGUUGGCGAUCUCAGUAUCGGCGCAAGAAACCACAAUUUUAAGUCGCAAACCUUCAAGAUACCCACUAACUGCGACUUGUGCGGCGACCGAAUAUGGGGCUUGUCUGCGAAAGGGUUCGAUUGUCGAGAUUGUGGCUAUACCUGCCAUAGCAAGUGCGAAUUGAAGGUUCCUGCGGACUGUCCUGGAGAGCAGAGCAAGGAAGAAAAGAGGAAACUCAAAGAAGAACGGCAAAGGUCAACACAUACUGUUACCUCAACAAACGGCACGCCAUCAAACUCGCAAUCGGAAUUGCCUCGUAUCAGUCGAAGUGACACGGUGAACUCGAUGAACACUCUCAGCUCAGGCUAUUCAGCAACAGCUCAUCGAUCGAUAUCUGGAGGGAUGUCACCGACGACAGAAGAUCCCCCCGAAAAGAAAAUGGCUCCUCCUCCAGUCUUAGGUGCACGCAGGAAUCGGAUAGUUGCACCACCACCGGCACAGUAUAUCAAGGAUGACGGUGGUGAUCUCCCAAGUUUAGGUGGAUCAUCUAAAGCAACCGAGCAAAAGGGUAAAAUGCUCUACCAUUACCAGCAAAACGGUGAUGGGGAAAUCACUGUUCCUGACGGGAGAGAGGUUGCGAUCCUUGAGGCUGAUGAUGGAUCCGGAUGGAUAAAAGUCCGCGCAGGUGCCAAAGAAGGCCUCGUUCCGGCUGCGUACGUUGAAGUCUUGCCCUUGACACCGCCCUCGUCCAACCGUCCGGAUUCAACUUACUCCGCAUCAUCUGCGUCGUUAAGUGGCAGUGUCACCGCUACGGCAGGGAAGAAGAAGGGUCCUGCCGUAGCGCCAAAACGUGGAGCGAAGAAACUCAAAUACGUAGAAGCUAUGUACGACUACACCGCUCAAAGCGAUGCAGAACACAACAUGUCGGAGGGCGAGCGAUUCGUGUUGAUCAAUAUGGAGGCCGGUGACGGGUGGGCGGAUGUGGAGAAAGAUGGCUUGGUACGGAGUGUGCCCGCAAACUAUAUCCAACAGGUGUAAGGCGUGUGAGCCUGGCGCGUGGGUCUUGCGUUCUGUGUAAGUGUUCUGGAAGACGAUGGUUUCAAAAAUAAGUCUGGGUCUGGCGUAUUGCAUAAAGUGUGUUGUUUAUUUGGUAUGAUUUUGCUUUGAAAAGAAUUGGAAGAGCGCAUCGUGUGUGUGGAGCGCUUCACAGGUCGCUUCUUUUGCUUUACGGGUUCCACGCUCAAGAGAUCAUUACAUUACUAUUUAUGAACGGUAGGACUUUCAGAAUUACCACUCAUUGCCAGUGGGAGAGGCAAUAGCG